AUGGCCAAACUCUAUGUCAAGCCCAAAGAUAUGGCCGAGCUCAUAUCUUCUCAACCAUGGAUAGAUGAAGCCCUGAGCUCCCAAGAUGAGAUGAAGGAUGAAGAUAGCAGACAAGCCUCCUAUGGAAUACUUGCCGGCCUUAAUGAAGAUCAUGACAGCAUCGAGGAAGAAGAAGAAGAAGAAGAUGGUGGGAAGCCAAAGAGAAGGGGCCCAAAGAAGAAGAAGAUGACCAAGGCAAGACUGGAGCGGUUCAGGGCCCGCCGAGUCAAGGCUAAUGCCCGAGAGAGAACAAGAAUGCAUGGUCUCAAUGAUGCUUUGGAUAACCUCAGGCGAGUGAUGCCCUGCUACUCUAAGACACAAAAGUUGUCCAAAAUUGAGACACUGAGGCUAGCCAGGAACUAUAUAUGGGCUUUAUCUGACGUGCUGGAGAGUGGACAGACUCCAGAAGGGAAAGGUUUCAUAGACAUGCUGUGUAAAGGUUUGUCCCAACCAACCAGCAACCUGGUUGCUGGUUGUCUGCAGCUGGGACCUCAAUCCCUGUUUUUGGAGAAACAUGAAGAGAAAGUCCCCAUUUCUGACUCCACUGUGCCUGGCCACAGUUUUUCCUACCAGUCCCCAGGACUCCCCAGUCCACCAUAUGGAAACAUGGAGACACAUCUUGUACACCUAAAGCCUCCCACAUUCAAAAGCCUGGUAGAUCCUUCCUUUGGCAACCACCACCAAGACUGCACGUCUCCGCCAUAUGAGGGUCCUUUGACACCGCCUCUCAGCAUCAGUGGAAAUUUUUCCCUAAAGCAAGAUGGAUCUCCAGACUUGGAGAAAUCAUACAGCUUCAUGGCUCACUACCCAUCUGUUAGCUUAGGCGGUGCUCAUGGGCACGCCUCUCAUUUUUCAACCGCAGUGCCCAGGUAUGACAUCCCCAUAGAUAUGUCCUAUGACUCCUAUCCUCACCAUGUGGUUGGGGCACAACUCAAUGCAAUAUUUAGUGAAUAA